AUGGCGCGCAGGCGGAGAGGAGAUUGUGGGAGUCCCUCAAGCUGGUUCAGUGCAGACUGGAGCACCUACAGGUCACUUUCUCUAUUCUUCACCCUUGUGACUUCGGUGAACUCAGUAGGUGUUAUUCAUCUAUUGAAUCCUGACUUCACAGGUACUGUCACUUGCUAUGAAAAUAGAAUGAUAGUGGAGUUUCCAAGCCAUCUUGGCCUCAAGAAAUGGCAUGCAUCUGUGGUGGAUCACUUUGGUCUUGAAAUGCUGAACUGCACUUAUGUCCUGGAUCCAGAAAAGCUCACCCUGAGGGCCCCAUAUAAGACUUGUACCAGGAGAGUGCUUGGCCGGCACCAGAUGACCAUCAGACUUGUGGACAACAGUGCUACUUUAAAACAUGAGGAUGUCUUAUAUCAGGUCAGCUGUCCAGUUAUGCAAGCAGAAGAAACCCAUGAGCAUUCAGGAUCCACAAUCUGCAUGAAGGAUUUCAUGUCUUUUACCUUUCAGAUUUUUCCUGGCAUGGCUGACGAAAGUUUGAAACCUGAACCUCAGAUGGGAUGGAUCAUUGAGGCUGGUGAUGGUGCAAGUGCCCAGACUCUGACCCUUCGGGAGGCCAUGACACAAGGAUAUAAUCUUCUGAUUGAUAGCAGCAAGAUAGUCAUCCAAGUGUCAUUCAAUGCCACUGGAGUGACUCACUACAGGCAAGGUAACAGUCAUCUCUACACGGUGCCUCUGAAGCUUAUGUAUGUGUCUCCUGGGCAGAAGAUCAUCUUAUCCUCACAAGUGAUUUGUAUGUCAGGUCCUGUGACUUGUAAUGCCACACACAUGACUCUCACCAUACCAGAGUUUCCUGGGAAGUUAAAAUCCGUGAGCUUUGAAAAUAAGAACAUUGCUGUGAGCCAGUUGCACAACAAUGGGAUUGAUAUGGAAGCAACAAAUGGCUUGAGAUUGUACUUCAGCAAAACUCUUCUCAAAACAAAAUUCUCUGAAAAAUGCCUACCCUAUCAAUUCUACUUAUCUUCACUCAAGCUGACCUUUUACUUCCAACUGGAGACAGUAUCCAUGGUGGUUUACCCUGAGUGUCUCUGUGAGUCAACAGUUUCUAUAGUUACAGGUGAGCUGUGUACUCAAGAUGGGUUUAUGGACAUUGAGGUCUACAGCCAUCAAACAAACCCAGCUCUCAACUUGGAUACCCUUAGGGUCGGGAACUCAUCCUGCCAGCCUAUCUUCAAAGCUCCAUCUCAGGGGCUAGUACGGUUUCACAUACCCCUGAAUGGAUGUGGAACAAGACAUAAGUUUGAGGAUGACACGUUCAUCUAUGAAAAUGAAAUACAUGCUCUCUGGGCAGAUCUUCCUCCAAGCACAAUUUCCAGAGACAGUGAAUUCAGAAUGACAGUGAAGUGCCGUUAUGGCAGGGAUGAUAUGCUAAUAAAUACCAAUGUCGAAAGUCUUCCUCCUCCAGUGGCCUCAGUGAAGCCAGGUCCACUUGCCUUGAUCCUGCAAACCUACCCAGAUAAAUCCUACCUGCAACCUUAUGGGGACAGGGAGUACCCUGUGAUGAGAUACCUCCGCCAACCGAUUUACCUGGAAGUGAGAAUCCUAAACAGGACUGACCCCAACAUCAAGUUGGUCUUAGAUGACUGCUGGGCAACGCCCACCAUGGACCCAGCCUCUCUCCCCCAGUGGAAUAUUGUUGUGGAUGGCUGUGAAUACAACCUGGACAACUACAGAACCACCUUCCAUCCGGUUGGUUCCUCCGUGACCUAUCCGAAUCACUAUCAGAGGUUUGAUGUGAAGACCUUUGCCUUCCUGUCAGAAGCCCAAGUGCUCUCUAGCCUGGUCUUCUUCCACUGUAGAGCCUUAAUCUGCAAUCUACUGUCUCCUGACUCCCCUCUGUGUUCUGCAACUUGCCCUGUGUCACACAGAAGCAGGCGAGACACAGGGGCCACCAAGGAAGAGAAAACUAUAGUAAGUCUCCCAGGACCCAUCCUUCUAUUGUCAGAUGGCUCUUCAUUCAGAGGUGUUGUGGACACUAAAGGGCACCGGACUGUUGGAUAUGUUGCUUUAAAAACUAUGGUUGCUGUGGUUGCCUUAGCAGGUGUUGUGGCAACUCUAGGCCUCAUCAGUUACCUGCACAAGAAAAGAACCAUGAUGUUAAAUCACUAAGUGGAUUUUCAAAUAAAGCUGU